AUGGCGCGACGUUGGACUGACAUCACGUCUGAUGAUGAAGAUGUUGGUGUCUUCCUUGCUCGCCUUUGGCCGCAACCCUUGCAGCAUGCUGGCCCUAUCGCAGCUCCAGUUCCAGGCGCACUGCAGCAACGUGGUCGACCUCCGCGUCGUGUCCGCGAUGCCCAGCGUGCGACAGGAGGUCCCUUCCUUGUCCUUCUUCUCGCAUUCCUUCGUGGACUUGGAGACCCCAGUGUCAGCAAACAUUCCUUGCAUGUACUUCAGGGUUUGCUACAAGCGCAUCCACGCACUGCGGAGCGCACACAUGGAACACUGGUCUACGACCUGAUCUUUUUCUCAAGCCUGGACCACUUUGUCAAGGUUGACCAUGUGACCAGUUAUCUUCGUGCCUUUUGGUCCGGUUCCAUCUCAUGGGAGGCCCUUGCUCUUUGGCACAAAUUCUUACAAAUCGAGUGCUAUGUCGAUUUUGCCUGCCCGGUGCUGAGC